UUCGCCGCUUGAUUCCGGGUAAAACCCGGAGCGUGAAGUCUUCCGGAUUACUUCCGUGUUGGUUUGUUUUGGGGCAAACAUUGGACCUUAAACCCGUUUUUAGAUUCCCCUGGGACCGUCCUGCCCUAUCCUAUAGACUUUAAAAUCCAGCCUCUGGACCGGAUCGGAACCCGAACCUUCUCAGUGGGAACAGACCGAACGAGGGGGCGGAGUCUGAAUGGCCACAGCUGCAGAGGAGCCGCCAGGACUUCAGGAUUACAAUUCACCGGCUCCAGCCAAGAAUGCGACAGCAGAGGGUGCGAGCGGCGGCGGCAGGGGCAUGUCCCAGGCCGCCAAGAAAACCAUCGGCCAUCGUGGAAUCGACCCCCAGGGGGAGACCACGUACAAAAAGACCUCCUCCUCCACCCUGAAAGGCGCCAUCCAGCUUGGCAUCGCCCACACCGUGGGGAGCCUGACCCAGAAACCUGAGCGGGACGUCCUGCUGCAGGACUUUGAGGUGGUGGAGAGCAUCUUCUUUCCCAGCGAGGGCAGUAACCUGACUCCGGCUCACCACUACGGAGACUUCAAGUUCAAAACCUACGCUCCCGUGGCUUUCCGCUACUUCAGAGAGCUGUUUGGGAUCCGGCCCGAUGAUUACAUGUACUCUCUGUGCAACGACGGUCUGAUCGAGCUCUCAAACUCCGGCGCCAGCGGCUCUCUGUUCUACGUCUCCAGCGACGACGAGUUCAUCAUCAAGACGGUGCAGCACAAAGAGGCGGAGUUCCUGCAGAAGCUUCUACCCGGAUACUUCAUGAACCUAAACCAGAACCGGCGGACCUUAUUACCAAAGUUCUACGGGCUGUACUGCGUCCAGGCAGGAGGCAAAAACAUCCGCAUCGUCGUCAUGAACAAUCUGCUGCCGAACACCGUCCGCAUGCACAGCAAAUACGACCUGAAGGGCUCCACCUACAAACGCCGAGCGUCCGCCAAAGAGCGGGAAAAGGCCAUUCCCACGUUCAAGGACCUGGACUUCAUGCAGGACAUGCAGGAGGGGCUCCUGCUGGAAGGGGACAAGUACAUCGCUCUGUGCAAGACCAUCCACAGAGACUGCCUGCUCCUGCAGAGCUUCAAAAUCAUGGACUACAGCUUCCUGCUGGCCAUCCACAACAUGGACCAAGCCUGUCGGGACCAAGCCAGCGAGGAGGCCGUCGCGGGGACCCCGGACCAGAGGAGGCCGCAGGGCCAGAAGUCUCUGUACAGCACGGCCAUCGAGUCCAUUCAGGCCGAGGGCGGAGCCAUGGCGUCCACGGGCUCAGCGGACGAGACGGGAGGCAUCCCUGCGUGGAACUCCAGGGGGGAGCGGCUGCUGGUGUACAUCGGCAUCAUCGACAUCCUGCAGUCCUACAGAUUUGUAAAGAAGCUGGAACAUUCCUGGAAAGCUCUGGUUCAUGAUGGGGACACCGUGUCGGUUCACAGGCCGCGAUUCUACGCAGAAAGAUUUGAGAAGUUUAUGUGCCUCAGAGUCUUUAAAAAGAUGCCACUGAAGAGCUCCCCGUCUAAGAAGCGGCGUGCCAACGGUCCUGUGAAGAAAGCCGUCGGCUUCGGACCGUCUCUGUCCGCUCAAAGCAGCAUCAGUACCCAGCAGCCCCCCCUCUCGGCCCAAGUCAGCUGCGACGGCGUGGAGGGCGGCGAGUCCGAUGGCGCGAUGCAGUCGGAUCGCCCCGACCUCCUCCCCAGGACGCCAGCUCCCAGCGGCGCCGCCGCCGGCACUCCCACAGCCUCGCUUCACUCCUCCCCGGCAGCAGAGCCGUCUCCUCCAAAUCCAGCCCACCCAGCGGGGGAGGGGAGCGGCGGACCAAAGGAUCAGGAGAACAGCGCCGCCAUGAGGUCAGAAGUGUCACUGCACUAACGGGCCACAUGCAGACGAGUCUGUUGACCAAAGGAGAACCUUCAGAACUCAUCAGACCCGAUCAGAAAAUCCGCAGAGAGACCAACACCCCCCCAAAGCCCCGUUUCUCAGCUCCAGAUGGUUCUUCCUGUUUCCUUUCUGCCGUCAGAAGCUGCAGGCGGGCGUGACGAAGCAAACGGAGGUUUGGGGUUGUUGAAGCUUUGCUUCUGGGUUUUUCAGGCCUGCUGGGAGCGGCGUUCUCAGUGACACGGGCCUCUUUGGGAGUCCAGGUCUGGCUUCUUGUUGCUCCUGAAACUCUCUUUUUACCAGCCGUGUUAGAUGUGGCCUCAGUAGAACCAAAAACGGAUGUGGAGAACAUUCAUCCUGAGAGGGUCCUGCCCCCCCGGCAGAACCCCCCCCACUACGGAACAAAUACUAAUAAAGUCUUAAGUGUGUAAGUGGAACCAACUGCAUUUUAAAGCUAUUUUGUUGCUUCAUUCAUGACAGAGCAGGCUGGUAUCUGUGGAACUAAGCAGUGUAGUUAUUAGUGGGCGGUUAACACUAUCAGUGAUCCCAUUAAGCCGGAUUCUCUUCAUGUUCUGACUGUUUUUUAAUCAAUAUUAUUAUUAUUAUUAUUUUUAACUUUAGUUUAUUUUUCUAAUUUGAUUCAUUUCUUUUCUUCUGACUUCCUUUUAAUCUUGGUUUUUAUUUUUACUCUGGGUUUAGUUUGUGUGCCUUGCUUUUGCUUUCGCCUUUGCACACGGUUCCGGGGGCGGGGCUAAAGUCGGAGGACGUCCGUCGCUUUGAGCCUUUUUUGCUGCUUUUCUCUGCUCGGCCUGAACGGACGGCGCCUGAAUCCUCCAUUCCAUUCUGCCCGUCAGCAGGAAAACGCUUGAAACGCAGCAGGAAGUGAAACUCCCACGGCACCUUCUGCUCCGCCGUCUGUCAAUCACCAACAAAAACUUUCACACUGAUGUUCUUCCUGGGGAAGUCUUUAAAAAUCAGCUGAUCGGAGGGACGGCGUCUCUGCUCGCUUCUCAGCGUCACACAUGGAGUGAGACUUUGCUGACAUUUGCCAUCCACGUCAGUCCAGUUUGAAGCCACGCCUCCUGGAGUUGACCUCCAGCUAAGGUCACAGUUCUGAGGAAAUCCCUGCAAAGUGAGGUUCUGUCCCAAACCAGCCCGUGAAAAGCCUUAAAGAGAUGUUCAAAAGUGAAUGACAGGAAGCGUGAGCGACUGAAGGUUUGCACAUUUUCAGAGAACAUUGAAUGUUUUCAUCACAGAUCAAAGUGUUCAUGAAUGAAUUAAUGAUCAUUACCGACGUUUUUUUCUCCGGUUUGAUGUCCGCUGGGCGCGGCGUCAGGAGGAAACGGCGGCGUUCGGUGAAGCUGCUCCCUUCAUGGGACGGGCCUCUUCUGUGGUGCAGGUUUUCCCUGGGGGGGGUCUAACUGUCUGCUUUAAUCAUCAAACUGCGGAAAUGUAUUCACAUUAUUCUAAAUGUUAGCUUUUAGGCUAUUUUUUAUGUUAAAAACACACAAACUAUGCAACCAAAUCCUUCAAAAAUGACAUUUGUGACCAAAUAAAUGAAAUGUUUCAGGUGGACGAACGCAGAAACUCUCCCCGAUGCUUCAGAUGUACAUUAAUAGUAUGGAAGCUUUUUCCACGCCGUGUAUGAACCAAACAAGUGAAUGUAUUCAUAUUUAUUGUGAUAUUUAUUGUCUUGGGCUUAAAGGUUCAUUUCUUUAGGUAAACUAACCGUUUUUCUCUUUCAUUGAUGAAUUGGGACGAUGUGAACAGCUGGAACGUCUGCUUUUCUUUGUGUUUCCUCCAGAAUGAACAUAGAAGUAUGUAACGGUAGAAUCACAGCCGUGCCUUUCUAUCACACUAUGGGAUGCUCUAUUUUCUAAAGUUAUUACUGAAUAAACAGAUUUGGGUGGA